UACAGAAAGGCAGCUUAAGAUCUCAACGAACUGACGAGCCAUCCUAUUCUCACAGGCCUUCCUCACAUACGUUUAAAGCAUAACAAAAACAAAGUCUCUCCCCCAGCCGAUUGCGAUACAAGACACAAAAGUUGACUUUUUUGAGGUUGUACUGUGAAAUUUUCAAUCUUUGUCAUACUCAAGGGACAAAACACAACACAACAAAACACUUUGAAUGUGAGUUUCCGGUGGCAACUGACCAAAACUUCAAAUAAAGGAGAGAUUUUUAUUUUACGUUUUGGUGUUGUUUGGUUAGCCGGAAAAUCUGAUGGAGGACCGGGGAAAGUGAAGGAACAGUGAUAUGCAACUUGAUUGUAGGCUGUGAAUCGAAUCGAGAAAGCAAGAAGAUACUCUUGAUUGGCUGAUAGCAAAGAUUAGCUUGCACUUCCCUGAAUUCUGUAAUCUUGAAGAUAUCACUCAUAGUAGCUGUGAAGAACUUCCUCAUCUUUCCAAAUCCAUGUGAACCAUGAAAUUUGUUUCAGAUAAUGAACAAGUGUUUGUGCAUCCAGCUUUAGACCGCAAGCCUGAUUCUAAACCUUUUGAUUAUCAAGACAUUCCUUUGGAGUCACUGAAGGAAUUUCAGAACAAACUCUUUUGUGCUUCAAAACCCAAUGAGGGGGAUGCAGAUAAAUCAUCAUAUAUGAUAAAUGAUGCAGAUGGUUGGACUGUUACAAAACUUGAUCAUUCUAUGAGUUUGAACAAUAUAACGGAGGACAAUGAAAAGGAUAUCAUAGAUCUGGCAGCUCAACAAUCUCAUUCUUGCCGAGAAACAGAAUCAUUCAAGAACUCAGUUUUUAAUAUGGACAACAAUGUUUUGGAAUGUGAACUACCUGAGUUGAUAGUUUGUUACAAAGAGAGUACAGACCAUGUCAAGGAUAUUUGCAUUGAUGAGGGAGUACUUUCCCAUGACAGGUUCCUGUUUGAGAGUGAUAUGGAUGAGAAGGGUGUCUGUUCCUUCCUUCUUCCUGAAAAGAAUGGAAAUGAUGAACCGAUGGGGGAAAAAAUCAAUACUGUUAUGCCUCUCGUUGAUGUGUUGAAAUCUUCUGCAGAAAAUGAUUCUAAUACGCUUACUGUUAAUCAAUAUGAUUUUCCACUCAAGCAUGAUUCUGACAAGGAUACUGUUGGUCUGUGUGAUUCUAACGAUUUGAUGCUGAUGGAUGAAGUAAAAGAUGAUGAAAUAGACAAGACAGCAGAUGAUGUCUCAAAAAAUUUCUCACUUGGAGAUUUGCUCUCAAGGCAAUAUUUGACCACAGAUGACUCAUACUCCAAGUCUUCUGAUAGUGAUGAAAGAGAGACUGAAAAUCAGCAGGGCUGUGAUGGAAAAACAGUCUUGGCAAGUUCUGCUUUUGUUUCUCUAGCUGAAGAACCAAAUGGUAGCACUGAGGAAGAGAUUACAGCGAGCUCUGAUUUGGUUACUUUGGUUGAAGAAUCCAACAAUGGCGGUGAGGAAGCAAUCUUGGCAAACCUUGCAAUGGUUUCUGCAAACGAAGGAAAGCAUAAUGACAGUAAAGAGACGACCUGGGCAAGCCCUGAUCUGGUUUCAGGAGAAGCAAUCUUGGCAAACACAGCUUUGGUUUCUCCAGCCAACAAAUCAAGCAUUGGCGCUGAGGAAGGAGAGUUGGAGACCAAUCCUUUGGUUUUGGCAGCUGAAGAAUCAAACAAUGGCAGUGAGGAAGGAAUUUUGGAAAAUUCUGCUGCAGUUUCCAUAGACAAAGAAAAGCACAAUGAACCAACCUCGGCAAGCCAAGAUCUGGUUUCUGGAUCUGAAGAAUCAACAAACAGCAGCAUGGAUGAAAAGUUAUUGUAUAAUAGCAAGGUGGAGACUGGAAGCAUAACUUUCGAUUUCAAUGCUUCUGCUCCCACAUCAAGAGGUAGAGAGGAAUGUUCUCUGAAUGGUGAUUCUAAACAAAAUGGGACUGCAGACACCUCAAAACUUGAAUAUGCUCCACGGCUAUCAGUUUCAAGCCAGGUUCCCAAUAGUGUUGGGGAGUCAAGCUUCUCUGCAACAGGUCCUACAUCAGGUCUGAUAACUUAUUCAGGGCCAAUAGCGUAUUCUGGCAGCCUCUCGCUUAGAUCUGAUAGCAGCACAACAAGCACCCGUUCUUUUGCCUUUCCUAUAUUACAGCCCGAGUGGAAUUGCAGUCCAGUAAGAAUGGCAAAAGCUGAUAGGAGACAUUUCCGGAAGCAUAAAUGUUGGAAACAGGGCCUUCUCUGCUGUAGAUUCUAAAUGCUCUAUUUUUCUAUCAAUAGUUUGAAGUUAGAAAGUAUCACAUGAUAUAAUAUAUUAUAUUGGGAUUUUUUUAUAUUUUAUUCUUACCCUCUUCUAUAUGGUAUAAGAGUGACAUAAUUAUACUUCUUACUCUUAUAAUAGACGAUGUUGAACAAACUUUACCAAA